CUCUGGGACCAGCCGUCUGAGGGAGCAGCGGGAGCCACAGGCAGACGCACAGCCCCAAGCGGCCCGGACCCCGGCCCGAUGGCAGAGGCUCCGAGCCACCCUGGCUCCGAGGAGCAGGAGGCGCUACUGGUGGACAAAGACGCCGGGCUCACGACUCAGCGGAGCGCAGAAGAUGAGGAGGAGGCCGCCCGCGAGCGUCGCCGCCGGGCGAGGGACAGGGAGCUUCGGGCCCAGGACGAGGACGGCGGCCAGUCCCCCGAGCCGCCGGAGCGGGAGAGCCUCCUCAGCCUGAAGCCCUCGGAGGCCCCUGAACUGGAUGAGGACGAGGGUUUCAGCGACUGGUCCCAGAAGCCAGAGCCACAGCGGCAGCCCUGGGAGGCCGGGGGGGCCUCCAACAGCGGGGAGCCCCCUCGGAGCGAGAGUCCGGAGGGGCAGCAGGAGGAGAACAGGCCCCAUCAGCAUGCCUACGGGAGCCAGGGUGGUGAUGAGCAGAGUCCAGCCAGAGUCAGCCUGGAGGAGUUGCAUCUGAGCCCCAGCUCAGAGCUCCAGGACGGGCCGGGAACAGAGGAGACAGAGCCCAAGAGCCCAGAGGGGACCGUCCAGGGCAGCCUGGGGCCGGCAGAAGCCGAAGAGGCAGACGAGCAGCACCAGACACACCAGCAGCCCAGGACGCCCAGCCCCCUGGUCUUGGAGGGUGCUACCGAACAGGGCUCACCUCCCCUGAGCCCCAGCACCAAACUCAUCGACAGAACCGAGUCCCUGAACCGCUCCAUCAGGAAGAGUAACAGUGUGAAGAAGUCCCAACCAGCCUUGCCCAUCUCCAAGAUUGAUGAGCGACUGGAGCAGUACACACAGGCCAUUGAGACUGCUGGCCGGACCCCCAAGCUAACCCGCCAGCCCUCCAUUGAGCUGCCCAGCAUGGCUGUGGCGAGCACCAAGAGCCGGUGGGAGACGGGAGAAGUGCAGGCUCAGGCCACUGCCAAGACCCCCUCUUGCAAGGAUAUCGUAGCUGGAGACAUGAGCAAGAAAAGCCUCUGGGAGCAAAAAGGAGGCUCCAAGACGUCAUCGACAAUUAAGCAGAGCACUCCGUCUGGAAAGAGGUACAAGUUUGUGGCCACCGGACAUGGGAAGUAUGAGAAGGUGCUUGUGGACGAGGGCUCGGUGCCCUAGGCUGCCCUUCUCGCUUUCCUGAGACUGCAGACAGCUCGGGCAGCACCCUCCGCCCUCGCAGGGGCGAGUCCAGCCAGACGCCCACCCCGGCCCUGCCAUGGGAGCUGCUGCUGUUGCCUGCCUGGCCUGCCCGCGCCCGGCCAACACCCACCACCAUCGCCGUCUCUCUACUUCUCGACCCCCCGACCGCUCUCCCUUCCCGCUCUCUGACCCCCACUCUACCUCGCACAGCAGGGGCAGGAAAGGGACUCUCACUGGUGAUUGACCAAAGGGGCCGCCCCCCCCCCCCCCGAGACCAAGAGUCCCCGAGGAAGGCCCAGCCUGGGCAGAGAGAGGACACAUGCUGGGGGACCUCCAGGUCGAGAGACACCAGCGCCUGCACCGCAUUCUCAGGCCCUGCCCCCUCCCUGCUCCCGGCUUGCAGCCUUGUCCUCCGUGUGCAAUAAAGCUCCUUGUGUGUUCCAA